CUCCCCCUGACCCAGUCAACAACUGCACCGUGGAGAACAUUAGCUCAACGGGCGUGGGCGUGCGGUGCCAGGCGGGCUGGGAUGGCGGACUGGCACAGACCUUCACCCUCUCCGUCAGCCACGCUCGCGCCCACACACGCCCCCACCAGAGCAAGAAGGCCGCCCCCCGGGUCCUGGCCAACACCUCCACCUCCCCGCGCCCGGAGUUCUCCCUGAUGGGGCUCGAACCCGGUACGGAGUAUGUCCUUACCAUCACAGGCGUCAACAAGAAGGGCUUGAGUGAGGCGGUCAGGCUGGCCAUAUUCACUCUCAAGGACGUGGCUGAGAAGCACACCAGCCCAGUGGGGAGCACCCUGGCGUUGACGUCCCUGCUGGCGGUGGUGUUGGGGGUGGGGGCGUCCCUCCUGGUGAUGGCCGCCGUCAUCUUGGUGCUGGUGAGGAGGUCACGUCGCCGUCGUGACCCGGAGGUCAAGAUGGUGUACAAGGAGACGUCUGGUCACCAGGACGACCCCGACGACCACAACCCUGACGUCAUCCCCGUCAAUGGUGACCACCAAAUGCAGGCGUCGCAGCAGACGCAGCAGCAGCAGGCGAAGCAGACAGCAGAGGCGUCCCUACAGCACCCAGGCCACCUAGACUUCUACGGCGGGCGGCUUCAGAGUCACCUGUCGAGCGAGUACCUGCAAGGCAAUGAUGACGCCUUCUAUAUCAACCCCGGCACGCUGCUCCGUCAGGGCGGAUUGACUGGGCGGGAGCAGGAACCGCCGCUGACCUUGGUGGGCGGACCUCUUGCCGCCUCCACACCCACCUCUACCACCACCCCGCCCACACUCUACGCCUGCCAUAACCCGCCCACACCAACCACCACCCCGCCCACGAUCUACGCCUGCCAUAACCCGCCCACACCAACCACCUCCCCGCCCACGCUCUACGCCUGCCACAGCCCGCCCACCACAACCACCACCCCGCCCACGAUCUACGCCUGUCAUAACCCGCCCAUUGCAACUACCUCCCCGCCCACACACUACUGCCACAGCCCGCCCACCCCAACCUCCACCCCACCCACACUCUACGCCUGCCACAGCCCGCCCACCACAACCACCACCCCACCCACACUCUACACCCGCCACAGCCAACACCUCUCCACACUCUCCAUCCCCCACUCCUACACCUGCGACGCUAAUAACACACCUGUUUACACCCAACACCCUGCUCCAUCCUACCCACGGGAUGUGACCUUCAUGCCCAUACCCUACACCCAAGACUACCAACCUCCCAGCGACCCUUACACCACAGAACCCUACAACACGGACAUACCCAGCCUGCCAUACCCUCACUAUACCCUCAGCCUGGGCAGGAAAGGCAGGCUGGCCAGUUCACCAAGUGCAACUUGCGUUAAUGGAUGCACGACCUUCCCCUUAUCCCCAUCUAAGGGGAGUGAGCCCCAAGGGGAGCCUUGCCCCUGGGAGGACCCGAACGAUAGGAGCAUCAGCCCUUCUCACAGAGAAAGCUCCGUGUAGAGGAGACUCCUCCUUCGGCGUCCCCGACACCAAGACCCAAUCCCAGGAACGCCUCCUUCAGCUGUGUUGACCACACCUGAUCUCCAGCACUGCCCUGCUGUUCAGCACACACCUGCCCCUACAGCUGCCCCUACACCUGUUUCAGUCUCUGUUCACCUGCAAAAAAAAAAAAAAAGAACUGCUCCAACUGUGCAAAUCGGAGCGUAGGCCGCAGCAACAUCAGUCGCAAACAACAAUAGAUUUACUGGUCACACGCACUCGAGGGGGAAAUAUAUCCAAGCCCGUCACACAGAAUUUUAAAAUGGGGUUCAGGGUGAACCCUAUUUUCUGUGAACCCUCUAACCCUAGAGAGUUUGGGUUUAAAUAUGUAUUUUUAUCUGCAUUCUGUGGCCACCAACAAGAUUAUAUAUAUA